GUUUCGAAAAAGUCUACACUCCCCACCAACAUCCGUCGUUUAAUACUACUCUUUUUUCACUACUUGUUUUCCCGUGUCACGGUUGCAUUUAAAGCAUUCCGAAUAUACUCCAGCUUGCAACGCAUCCGAUGAGACCGUAACGUUUAUAAGUUUCACAAUUCUAUAUCGGAGGUUUUCAACAACGUGGAAUAGAUCACGAACAGAAGUCGGUAGAAGCUAAUCUAUAUUUGGCAGCUAAUUGGUCCGAGCCGAGGUUUGGUCGGUGUAAAGCGAGUUUUAUGUUGUUUUGGGCGGGUUACACUGGGAACUGUUCGUGUCUAUUGUUACUUUGGAUUUUGUGAGCUGAUAUCGGUGCAUACCUGGAAAGAUGACAUCGCAAUUAUCACCAAGUCUCGUUACGCUCCUCCGACUUGUGCCAGCCUUUUCAUCGACCUGCUCUCUUUGGUUUGCUCAUGAUCAAUGGUUUUUUCUAAAGAUCUUCACCAAGCCAGAGCAGCGCGCGCAUGCAAGCCAAAUUUUACCACCCUACUUCACCGAGUUUGCCAAAUACGGCGUAAUUCGCGUUGCUGGCCUGCUUCUCGCAAGUAUUGUAUCGUCAGGGGCUAUCCUACAACAUUCGGGCGAGGAAUUACAGCGGUAUGGCUCCCGAUCUUGGUACCUAGCCGGUGCAGGAUUCGCGACAAGCCAUCUUGUUUUUGCGCCUUUCAUCUUGCCUCACAUUCAGAAUAUCAUAAAUGAUAGUGGCAAGGAGAACAGUAUACAGAGUCUUCAUGCAUGGCUGCGCAUCCAUGUCAUUCGGAGUUUAACUUCUGACAUUGCCGCGUGGGUCUGCUUUGUGGUGGCUGCGGUUACGACUUUUACUACAGAAUUAUGAGAUAGCUAUGAUGAGCCGCGACGUGAUCUCCGAACGAUUGCGUCGCAAAGCGCCCCAAGGUGUGGAACGACAAUAUGUCCAUUUUUCAAUUACUUGGAAUUAUCUAGGAUUGAACGUCUAUACUUUGAGAUACUUGGUGGUCAUAUCUGGCUCGGCAAUGCUUUUUAAUUACAAAUUCUUACUUGUUAUGAUGAAUAAUAUUAUUUUAAUAUAUUAUCCGUGGCUUGGACACCGAGAUGACUCGGAUUGCAUUUUA